AUGUCCUCGCCGGAACCUCAGACACUGACAGUCCAAAAAUCUGCAAGCAAGAAGGACAGAUCAUCGAAGAAGAAGAGAAAGACAAGAGCCACGCCCAUUGGAAUCGCGGAGCCUGAGAAAAAUGAAGGGGACAACCCUCACUGGGCCUAUAAACCCCCACCAGGUGCUAUCUUACUGGAUCAUUCAGUCGACCCGGGACCGUUCGAAUGGGAUACAAUUAGGGAUGACGAUGACCUUGAGCUUUGGCUUAUACGCGUCCCGGACUCAAUCCAAGCUAAACACCUAGAAGGGGUGGAAAUCGACCUACCUAUCUCAUCUAGAACUGCACGAGUCGGAAGCCUUACACGAAAGAAUGUCGUGCAUGAUAUUUGGUCGGCGGGCGGGGAUGAUACGGACUUGAUUGGAGGAGAGGAACUCCGGUGUCUGUCUUGCUUGCUCCCUCGGAAGAAGAAGAAAGGCAAACUUUGCAUAGCUCCCAAGGCAGUAGCACGUCAUAUCAUCGUUUCAGCACAACAAGCGACGCCUACAGCUCCAGGGCCUCAGCCGAUCAUUCAUCAAAACCCACCUCGCCCGUCAUACCCAAAAGAUGUCUUAAAACACACGUUCGUUCCGUAUGGCGCACGCUCUCAACUGGAUAUCACUGCCGUUGAAGAACCCAUGGAUGUCGAAAUCUCUGCACCACCCGAUAGCGUUUCUGAGCAGCCUCAAGAGGAGGCGCCUCGAGUCACGGAGAAGGUGUCGAAGGGGAAGAAGCGGAAAAAGGAAGGGGAAACACCGAAAAAAUCCAAAAAGCACAAGUCGAAUGACUAGUACUCGUUUCUCCUGUUGCUUCUCUGACGAUGGAAGUGAUUCCUUGACCACGACACGUAUGUAUGUAUAUUGAUUGACGAGCGUACACAACGGCAUUUAAAGAUGAGG